AAUUAUCAUAACAUUGUACCACGUGACUUGACAGGAAGUGCCCGUAUCGUCACAACAUUGACAUUUAUUAUUAUGAAAUUGAAAAUGCUUUGUAUUUAGACAGGCUUUAAUUCUGUUUACAAAAUACCUACAGCUUUCAAAUAAAGACCAAGGAAAAAAGGUCAUCCAUAGAUAUGGAUGACAUAAGUGGUAUACCACCCAAUAAUUGUCAGAAGGUCUUUAUACAAAGAGAUUUCUCAGAAGGCACAUCAGUCAAAUUUCUUACUAAAUUUCCAGCAGAGCUCAAUGGAAAGCUGGAGACUGAUGUAUUUGUAAGAACUAUCACUCAACUGAAUAGCAUGUUCAGUGAGGCAGAAACCUUAGGAGGCAGGAAUUAUUGUGAGAGCUGCUUAGCAUGUCUUACAGCUUAUACAAGUUAUAUAUGUUUUGAUACACAUUAUGAAAAGAUGUUAAAGAAAAUAACCAAAUUCAUCGCAGAACAAAACCAAGAUUACUAUGUACCAAGAGGACUGAUGUUAGUUGAUCCAGUAGAAAGAGGACUAAGAACUCUUGAGAUAUGUUUAUUGUCUGAAAACAAUGGAAGAUGAGAAAAAGAUUUCAGAACUAACUUUAUAGUCUUCUAUCUGUGAAUAGUUGUUUUCUUCCGAACAGCUAUCAUGUUAUUGAAUGAUAUACUUUGUGCUUUUAAACAAAAUAUUUCUUCAAAUUUCAGUUAAAAUAUUGUUAGAUAUUAUUGUACUGCUGCUAAACAUCAACUCCAAAUUAGGUUUGCUGACAUUUAAAUUUUUAAAUAGAUUUUUCUUUUUAUUACCUGUUUUUUUUACCAAUUUUAGAGAAGAAAACUAUUAAAUUCAUUUACAUGUAUAUAACGUACAAUUGAUCUCAUGUUUAAAAAAAUAACAAUUUAAUUUCUAUUAAUUUGGUUAAUUCCAAGCAACUUCCAUACCUGCCAACUGUCACUAUUUGUGCGAGAUAUCCCCCAUGGAGGCCCCCAAUUUGAAUAUUUGAAAGAGGAAAUUUGUCCACAUUUUAAAACAAAUCAAUUAAUUUUACCAUGGCAAUAGAAUUUCAAAUACACGAAGAAGCAAAUAAACAACAUUAAAGUAGAUUUGAAGGUCCCUUUAAAGGUUUUGUAGGACUAUGAGAGCAACCUUGACCAUAAAACCCACAUGGGCAUUUUAAAAUGUUGGCAGGUAUGAACUUCAUACAUAUAUAUAUGAAACAUGUGUAAUGCUUAUGUCAACAUAGCUAAUGUCAAUCAACUGAUUAAUUCAGAAUUUGUGUUGCAUUAUGGGAACUUGUUUCUAAUGUAACUAGGUGUUUUUAGGAUGGAGUUAAUUUAACCUAUUUAAUGAGAAUUGAAUAUUUUAUAAUUCAUACAUUUUUAACACAGUUCUGUGUGCAGAUAGAAAUCACAAUAGACAUUAUCAUGUGAACAUUUGUGUGUAUCAUCUAAGUAAUUUAUUAUACUUCACUUUCAAAUGCCAGAUUUUGAUUGGUUAAUAGGAGCAUGAUAAUUUACUUUAUCACAUGGCUCAUAUAUUCUAUUACAGUUCACAAACACACUUGAUCAAUUGUGAGCGUUACUAAUUAUAGAUGGUUGUCAUAGUUUAUAACGUUCAAUUUUCAAAUUCAAAUGACAGUAAUAACAGAGCAUUCAGUAUAAUAAAUUAAAUAAUACACAGCUUAGCGGGUGAAAGAGCAGAUUGUUACAUCUCAAUAAAACAUUGUCAAAUUUGGCUUGUCUUCUUGGGUUACAGUACGCUGUUUCACACUCUCCGCUAUGUGUUAUUUAUAUAGAAUCAUUUACAUGUAAGUAUCUAGGAUGGUCAUGCUAUCUUAUAAACUGAUUAAAGAUAACAAGGUUUUUUAAAGACAUUACCAUCAUCUAUUGUUAUCUUCCCUGUGUACAUUAAUGACAUCCUUUUAAUGAUUACUAUCCUACAUCCUUUUAGUGAUUAUUAUCCUUUUGUAGAAAUGGAUAUACAUGUGAUCAAAAUUUCCCAUCACAAAUUUCAUGUCAUUGUAUUUAUGUCCAAUUUAUUGGUAUAAUUUUUUAUGGUCCAAUCAACCUGAAACUUCAUUCACGUCUUUCCUAUGAUAUGAUCUUUCUUAUUUCAUUGCCACAUUAGAUUUUUUACCCCAUUUUCACGGUCCACUGAAUAUGGAAAAUGAUAGUGUGAGUAGAGCAUCUGUAUACUAUGGACACAUUCUUGUUUUCCAAAUGAUAUACAAUAUAUCACAGACAUUUCAUUAUGAUGUUGUAUCUAUUUAUUUUUUCAUACAUAUAUAUACUAUGUAUGAUAUAUACUACAGUGUGUAGAUAAGUUUUCUGGAUGAAGUUGUAGUUUUUGGAAAGUAUUUCCAGAAGUAGAUGUAUAUAAAUUCAGACUUUAUUUAUCUUUCCAGAUUGAAACAAAGAGGUUGACAUGUGACUUAUAUCAAAAUCAUGUUUACACAGGUCGUCAAUCAUAUAUUCAUAUUGUAUGUUUUCACGUGUUAUAUUGUAAAAUAUUUUAUUUAAGUUAGUUGUGACAUAUUGAGACAUAAUUUGACUGUGAUAUAAGCUUGAGGUUUGUGAAUGAUGGAAAACAGGGAGAUGCCAUAUACCAAUUAUUUUUUUUUUGUACAUUGUUUGUGUAUGUUUUAUUCUUCCAAAUACAGGUGCAUUCAUGUUGUAUUUCAAUCAGUCAUCUUAGUCUUUGAUAUAACUAGGAUUUAUUUGUACAUUCUAGAUCACAAAAGAGCAGAUGUUGAGCUCUUGGAAAUAAAUUCUUCUCAUUAUUCUGAUACUUGAAGAGUUUUUUCUAUUGUUUUUCAAAAAUUGUAUCUUUGAUAAAGUGAAUGGCCUAACAAUACAUCUCCCCAUGUAUCUAUCUGUAUAGGAUGAAAUGACUUGUGUGUGAUGAGUCAUUAUCAUUGUUUUUUUUUUGUUUUUUUUCUCUAAAAAUACCUGCGUAGUAUAGAAAAUAUCUUUUAAUGCUUUAUUAGUUUAUAUUUAGUCAUAGACAUUGUGAUCAUGUUAAUUAAAAUUUAAAAUGACCAGAGGGGUAUUUAAAUCACACUUUUACAUGAUGCAUACCAUUUCAAGUUUUUGUCUAAUUUCCAUGUAAAUUUUGUCUUUGGUUUCCAUAUGAUUAAAGCUGUUACAGUAAUGAAUGUAGCAACACACUUCAUAAUAUUAUGGUACUACAGUUUCAAAAAGUGUAUGAGCUAUAGUCAAACCUUCCUCCCACAGUUUGUUUUUAACUAACUCUUGGUGAGAGUUGUCAUUUUGUUGUUGUAUCAUUGAUGCAAGUUUUGAUGGAUCCUGAAAAUUCCCAACUAGAUUAUCAAAUAAAUUUAUAUAGCAUUACUGAAUUGUAUGAACAUUAGUGUUCAAAACCUUCCUUAAUUUUCACAAGGCCAUAACAAAAUUUGUUCAUAUUGUGACAUGAAUGUGUUUUCCAUCAUCAUUAUUUUCAAUGUACUUAGAAAUAUUCAAUUUCAUUUAACUCUUUAGACAUAUGUUAUUGAGAGACAA